UCCCAUCGCAAUGUGAACAAAAACGUGUGAAAUGAAAUGGAGUGCCCUCUUGCUCCUAAACCCAUUCCCCAUUUUCAAGUUCCUUCGCCGGACACUCCCAUCCAAACAACUCACCGUCCGGCCGAUCUCUGCUUUCGAUGCCGUCAACCAGGUCACUGGAGUCGCCACUGCCCUCUCAAACAAUCUCGCUCGCCCAUCCCUCCUCCUAAUUCCACAAUCCCAAAUAUUUAUUGCCGGUGUGGCCAUGGGUUUUGCGAGGUCCGAGAGGCCAAGAAUGAUCGGAACUGUGGCCGGAGCUACUACGUCUGCCCCAUCAAGAGAGGGAAAAAAUGUAAGGAUUUUGUUCAAUGGUGUGAGGAUCCUAUUGAUGAGAGCUACUUGCGUCCUCCUCAGUAUACAUACCCGACUUGUUCUUGUGGCGCCGGAGUUUGCAGGAGAGUCAAAGCUAUAAGUGGUCCCCAUAAGGGGCUCUAUUUUUUUGCAUGCCCCAUUAAACAGGGUCAUGGUGCUUGCAGUCAUCACGUGUGGGAGGAUUCAUUGUCGGUUAUUUCGAAUAUGGAAGAUCUUCUGGGUCCAGACAUUGCGCUAAAUUUUGGCGAUCCUCAGGAUAUGAACAUUGCUCCUAAUAUUGAGGAUCCUCAGGAUCCAGGCAUUGCUUCAAAUACUGGCGAUCUUCAGGAUAUGGAGACUGCUCCAAAUACUGGCGAUCCUCAGGAGACAGACAUUACUCCAAGUAUUGAUAUUGAUGAUUCUCGGGAUAUAGCCAUGGCAAUUUUUUCAGUUUUCUGGGGAUCUCUUGUGAAGAAGGCCCGGUCAUUGUUGCAUCUGUUAAUACCUACCACGAUUGGCUUUGCGGAUGUCUCUCCUGAAAAACACAUUCAGCAUCACGAAGAGAAGAAAGUCAGACUUGCUAACACUUCUGACAACUGCCUCAAACCUGAGGAGCACGUUCAGUGUUAUAAGGAGGAAGAAGUGAGCCUUGCUAGCAUCCAUGACAGUCAUGUCAAGGCCAAGGCCGAAUUCGAAGCAUCGGAGAUUAGAAGGUUCAGUCGAUCCCUUCAAGGCCAGGCUGCUCGACUUAAGAGAAAGUUGCAGAAAUUAGAAAGCGAAAUCAUCUCAUGCGAGCUAGAGGCCAAGGAGAUACAGACUCGUCUAGUUUAUUAGAAGAUAAAAGAAAUCUCAUAUCUAAAUAUUAAGGGGUAUAUUGUAAAUAUACAAGCUUAAAGAGUAUAUAACUAAAUGGUUUAAAUUAUUUUUAUAGAGUAUAUCAUCUUUACAUGUAUUUAGUAUAAAAAA